AUGGACAUAACACGACGAUCUGUCGCUCCAAACGACAGGAAUCAUCCUGAGACUAUUUCAGCUCAGGGUUCGUCUCCAAGCACCGUCGACGUGUGGUCUAUCGCUUCCGCCUAUGGUCUCUCUAGCGAAACCAGUUACGACCCAGGGUUCGGCAAUCGAGAGAAUCCGCGAUCUCAACUCCACGAUCGUUCGACAUCAACUCCGGCAACUUAUUCAAAACACCAACGUAACGAAGUCUGGGGCUCAGACAAUGAUGGAUCAGAUGUUGCCUAUCCGCUCAUCGAUAUUCUGCGAGACCAUAAGGCCCAUGCCGACAUAAAGCCGACUUCUACAACCUUCGAUAGAUGGUCGGACAGCGUAGAGGCGUUGAAAGGAGGCGUACCAGAGCCUUCAAUACGUAGAGCGCUAUGGACGCCUCCUUGGCUUCGGACGACCUCUUUACUCGGAUUUGCCUUUCUGUUCACUGCCCUCUGGAUUGCACUAGUGGUUCUAGUCCGAUACGACAUCGCAAACUCGGGUUUCAUGAUCACGGCAACAUCAAGCAGGUUUUCCUGGACCUACGGCCCUACCGCUAUUUUCGUGGCCAUCACGGGCCUCUGGAGGCAAGUCGACUACCAUAGCAAGAUGCAUCAGCCAUGGCAGCAAAUGGCCAGAGGCCCAAGCCCGGGACCCAAGAGUCUCCUGCUAGAUUACGUCUCUCCGAUCCUAUCGACGGGGCUGGUCAGGUCAUUCCGAAACGGACACUGGAUAGCAGCAGCCACGAUGACAGGUUCCGCUGUCCUCAAAUUAGCUACUCUGUUAUCCACGACGCUAAUGGUACCCGUAGCCAUCAAGAUGUCGGGGCCGCUUCCGAUACAAGUGAACUCAGCUUUUGACGGGUCGGCUUUCUGGCAAACCACAAAUUGGUCUUUGAAUAAUAGAACAGACAGAACCAUUCUCUCUGGAAAUGUCACAUACUCGAGCUAUUCGUUUAGUAACAUUUCUGCAGUCUCUGCAGUAAAGUAUUUGCAGGUGCUCCAAGGGCAAAUAUCAGAACCUGUUGGAACGCAAGAGGGAAUUGUCUUUCAAGACGCGUCCGUUACUGAAACACCAGGAAUCAGCGAUAUCGAGCAUGUCUCCGCCAACGUUGACUCUAUCGUUCCACACGUGAUCUGCGAAGAACCGGACAUCACCGUUUUCGAUAAGAUAGAUGGCAACAUAACCGAAUUCAGUGGGGCUUUGGAAGUACAGAUACCUUCUUGUGGAAACACAAGGAUUCUUCUUAGCACUUGUGCCGAUGGCAGCGAGAGUUGCCUUGGGACUUUAACGACGUACAAUAUUUAUAGGGCGUACUGCUCCGACAAGGGAAGAUCCGAUGGGUCUCAAGUCGAUCUUCGCCUACUCCUCAUAGCGAGUAACAUCACACAAAGGACCAAGCCUGGAACCGAAUAUUACAGUUUCGACUACACAACAUCGAUGGCCAAUAUCACAGCAGUAUCCUGCAAAGUCGCAUAUACCAUGGGAAAGAGCAUUCUUACUAUGGGCACCAACAAGAACGAGACCCUGAUUCACCCUAAAGAGCCACUCGACGCCGAUAAACAACUCGACGAAUUGACCGACCAACAGCUGUCUGAGUUGCUGUACUCUGUUCUCGUCGCCGCCGACUCAACUAUGGAUGGACCACGCAGAGACAUUGGCAACUCCGCUCGAAAGUACACUUCGGGUAAUGAUACAGGAGGUUCUGCCGCCAUGUUUGAACUUAUGAGCCAUACAUCACAAGACCUUCCAGCUGGAUAUUACAAGUUCUUCGAAAUCGACACCAUGAUUGCAUCCGCAACCUCUGUCAUCACUCAGCUUGCUGUAAACUUUCUCAAAGAAUCCUUCAUGACCGAAUCCCAUGGGACAGCUUCUGCUGAAGGGACAUACACCCAAGAGAGACUUCGAUUCCGACCGCUCUCUCUGUGGAUCAUGGUGGUCAGCCUGAUGAUGCUAGGCCUACUCGCACUGAGUAUCAUCUUUCAAUUUACCCCUUCCGUCUCUCAGGAUCCUAGUUUGCUUGCUUCGAAUGCUGCAAUUCUCGCUCGAAGUCCGUCUAUCGAUACCAUCUUGGCCCCUCUUGGAGCAUGUAGAACUAGCCAGGUAUCAUACGAGCUAUCCGGACACAGAUUCUCUACAGACUUUGAUGGCUCGAAAUUCCGAAUACAAGCCCGCGAGAUACUUCUAGCUGAUGGGAGUUUCAUACGAAAGCCGAAACAGAAACAGCGCAGCUGGAUUCCCAUGACAGCGCGGUUGUAUUUUGUGAUAGCUACCUUCACGCUGCCACUUGUCACUAUCAUCGCGCUCGAAGUCGCGUAUCGUCAAUCCAUCAAGAGCAAUGGGUUUACAGUUCAGGACAUGUUCUGGGCGCUUUACGGAACACAAUAUAGCUCAGCCCUCAUCGUGUUGGCCAUCGCCAGUAUUUUCAACAGCCUUGACUUCACUAUCACCACAUUUUCAAUCCUCAGUGUCAUGAGGGCUCGGGCUAUACCAUCAUACCAAGGAAUUACGAACAAUCCGAUGGGGGAAGUAACCCCUGUUGCACUAUGCAAGGCUCUCAGACGAGGUCAUAUUGGGCUAUCCUCUUCCAUCCUCGCGGCGUUGUUAGGCAGCGUUCUAUCGAUUGUCGUCUCCAAUUUGUGGGCUGAAAAGCUGUUCACCACGAAUAUCAACUUCAAUACUCAGCUCAAAAAUACUUGGAACCUGGAUUGGAGUGAUAGUGCAGUCAACGAUGGCGGUGCAGCGACGCUUCUGAAUGAUGUGCGGCUGAACAAGACAGAAAGCCCGGACUCAGCGACAUGGAAUGAUCUAGUGUUUCCAUCGUUCGACUCCGUAGGCUCACCCGAUGAUGAGUACCAUAUUUUGAAAUUAGGUGGCUCGAAUCAGAAGUUCAACUUCAGUAUCGAGGUGCCUUCACUGCGACCAAGACUCUUCUGUCACCCAGCUACAGUUAGAGAUAGGGGAGUAUCCACCACAGGAGGCGCAGUGUCGACAACGAUAACCGCUAUUGACUUACUUCCGGAGACCUGUCGGGUAGGAGAUGACAGUCAAGUCAGGAAUGUGUCAUUCAAGGCCACAGGAGAUAAAACAGACGGGCUGGUGGGCUUAUUCUUCGAUCUCGAUAUUGGAGUUCUUGUUAGUAAACAAUGCUCCCCCUGCAAAACGAAUCCAGACUCGGCACGUCCAUAUAAUCCGAUGGGCUGCCCAUCCAUCGGGAUAUUCUUCGCAGAACGCCCUUUCGUAUGUUCGCAGGUUGUUCAGCAGGUUCGGGUUGGGAUGAAAUUCACGUCCCUCAUCGGGCCAAAAGGCGAAAUCAUCUUUCAAAGAAGUAGCCUCACAUCCUCACCGACUCCUAAUGAGUCAACUGCAAAGAACCUCACCCGCGAUGAUUCCGAGCUAGAUCUUUUCCCCUAUCGUAUUCAACCUCACUUCGAUAAAAAUGUUACGAACUCGAUCUCAGAUGACCCGGCCGAUCCAUUUUUCAGAUACAUACUUUCUGGAACCACGGGGGUCAGCAGGGACGAUUUGACCAAGAAUCCUGAUCAACUGAUCGAUGUCGUAAACGGCCUCUACACCAAGUUCAUGGUGCAGGUAAUGGAUUCGAGCAUCUUUCGAACGCCUAUCGUCGCUUCAACUCAGACGAAGGAGCAAAACGAAAAACAAAGUGUAAACGGUACGAUCUCACGAGAAGAAUCUCGCCUGAUAAUGAACUAUACGCCGAAACUCAUUCUUCAGAUCUUGCUUGGUGCCAUGAUGAUCCUUGGACUGACGGCCUACAUCAUGGUCGAUCUCAAAGGCACUCUUCCUCGAAGCCCUCAUUCAAUAGCAAGCAGCAUGGCCUUAUUCGCAGGGAGUGAAUUAUGUGCGAAUCACAUUCCCGAAGACGCUGAAUGGAUGAAUAAGCAGCAACUCGACCGAAUAUUUCAGGGAUACACAUUCGCCUUGGGGUGGUGGAGUCGCAGUGCGACCGAGGCAGAUUCUCGCAGCAUUGAUAGCUUGUUGGAUGCUCCAGUUGUGGAUGAGAGGUUCGGGAUUGACGUUGGAACGCCAGAGAGGUUGGGUUUUGAAGCUAAGGGAAACAGAGAUGGCAGACUAUGGGGCAAAUGGAGUGCGCUCUAG